UUGCUCUAAAUUCUUUCCAGUUCUCAAUGCGUAAAUUUCUUUCAGACACAUAUGAGAAGGCGCUGGAGAAACUUCAGGCUCUGGAGUAUACGUCAGACUUCACUAGUGAAGAAGAGCUAGGUCGUGGCAAGCGAAAACGCCGUCCGACCUUUCCUUUUGACUAUGAUGACAGCACCGACACUACAGGUUCCGACGAUGAAUAUGAACCACCAAAACCACCCACGCCACCCCAGCCACGGAAGAAAACAGGUGCCAACUUCUCUAAGUCACCUCUGCAUCACUCUGCCCUGUACGAAACUGUCACGUCCCAAGCCACAUCCCAAGCACGUGCCCAGUCUUCACGCAUGCAGCCACAGUACAUAGGUCUCGACAAUGUCCAGCUUGUACACGCAUCCCACACGAACAGGAUGAUGUCCCGCCCGAGCAUCCAGCCUACAGGUGAUGACUUGGGUCCACCAGUGCACACACCAUAUGCGAACAUUUUGCCCCAUUCAAGUAUCCAGCCCACAGGUGUCCACAGCGUCCCCCCAGUGCACACUCUAUACAGGAGCAGGACACCUCACUCAAGCAUCCGGCCUGCAGGUGCCAAUGAUGUCCCUCUAGCGGUGGCAACACUGUGGCAGCAACACCACGGUGAGUUUUAUUUUGUGAAUGCUAAAGUUUUCAUAUCCUUCGAAAUAACAUCAAAGCUGAGAACUGUUAUGUACUGA